GGACGUAUUCCCAGCCCGGUUUCCAGUAAUCACAUGAGCAGCUCUUGUCGCCCUAAUUGGUUCCUCCGCGGGCCGACGCCUCCGGCAGAUCGCAGCCUUGUUCCCGCUGAGGAGUUACGGCCGCCGAGCAAGGAAAGCGGGGUGGACCUACAAUGGCUGCCACCGAGACCCCCGGUAGUCCGCCGCGCGUUCUCUGCCUCUUUGACGUGGAUGGGACCCUCACCCCGCCUCGACAGAAAAUUGAGCCUGAAGUAGCAGCAUUUCUUCAAGAGCUGCGUAAACGAGUGGCGAUUGGGGUGGUUGGAGGCUCAGACUACUCCAAAAUAGCAGAGCAGCUUGGAGAAGGGGAUGAAGUCAUCAACAAGUUUGAUUACGUCUUUGCAGAAAACGGCACUGUGCAAUACAAGAACGGGCAACUAAUCUCCAAGCAGGCUAUCCAGAACCAUCUUGGAGAGGAACUUUUGCAAGAGCUUAUCAACUUCUGCCUUAAUUACAUGGCACUUCUAAAGUUGCCCAAGAAACGGGGAACAUUCAUAGAAUUUCGCAAUGGAAUGUUGAACAUCUCUCCCAUUGGUCGAAGCUGCAGCUUGGAGGAACGAAUAGAAUUUUCUGAGCUGGACAAGAAAGAAAAGAUACGAGAGAAGUUUGUAGCAGCUCUGCAGAGGGAGUUUGCAGGCAAGGGGCUGCGAUUUUCCCGAGGUGGCAUGAUUAGUUUUGAUGUCUUUCCAGAGGGCUGGGACAAACGGUAUUGCCUCAACAUCCUUGAAGAUGAGAGAUUUGAUCUCAUACAUUUCUUUGGAAAUGAGACAACCCCUGGUGGGAAUGAUUAUGAAAUCUAUGAUGAUCCUCGGACAGUAGGACAUAGUAUCCACUCUCCCCAGGACACGGUUCGGCGAUGUCGAGAUAUCUUCUUUCCAGAGGCAGUGAACGAAUCUUGACUCACGGGUCUUCUGCUGCUAUUCGUGUUAUUCACAUCAUAAAAGCACUUUUUGAAUUA